CGCUGGAAUAGUCUACUCUACGUCUGCCAAGUCGUAUGUUAUGUGGUCGUUAGGGUGGGGACCGGAGCACCCUCUGACCGUUAAUCAAAAUGUAUCAGAUGUCAACAUGGCGUCUUUGACCACGGAGACGUCCGGGAAUAUAACGACGGCGAGAACAGAAAUGUUGGACACUAACGAGACACUUGCAACAUCAGGGGAACUUAACAGUACAGAUACAGUUACAACAGCAGGGGAACCUAAUACUACAGAGACACUUACAACAACAGGGGAAUCUAAUACUACACAGUCACUUACAACAAUAGGGGAACCUAACACUACAGAGACACUUACAACAAGGGGACCUAACACUACAGAGACACUUACAACAACAGUGGAACCUAACACUACAGAGACACUUACAACAACAGGGGAACCUAACACUAUAGAAGUAACCACAGCUUCACCAUUAACAACAGAGACCACAACUUCACCAUUAACAACAGAGACCACUACUUCACCAUUAACAACAGAGACCACUACUUCACCAUUAACAACAGAGAACACAACUUCACCAUUAACAUCAGAGACCACACCUUCACCAUUAACAACAGAGACCACAACUUCACCAUUAACAACAGAGACCACAACUUCACCAUUAACAACAGAGACCAUAACUUCACCAUUAACAACAACCACUUCACCAUUAAUAACAACAGCUUCACCAUUAGCAUUAUCAUUAUCAGAAGAAGUUUAUCAAAUUACCGACUCUUCGUCCGACGCUGCUAUGUCAAGUACACCGAAG